CCUGUUUUGUUUCUGUGAGUGUCUCUGAGGCUCCUACGCUGUCCUUGAACCUCUCUUAUCUCUGCCUCCCCCUCUCCCUGGCAGCCUGCUGGCUUUCCUUACCUGGUCACCCAGGUAUGCAUCUCCCUAUUUAUUUAUUGUCCUCAGCUCCCUGUUUAUGCCCUUCUCUUCUGGUCCCCGCCACCCUCAGGCUCCCCGGGCACCCUCUCUCCCCAUCUGGGAAGACUCCCUGGAACAAUGAGACGUAGGGAAAUCCCCACGGAAGCCAGGUCCCCACAAGGGUGUCUUGGGCACUGGGAGAAGCCUGUAUUCCCGGGCCCCUCCCAGAGCAGGAAUCUGGGGCCCGGGUUGGAUGCCAGCCGCGCCCAAGUCUAAUUAGGGAGAGGGAAAAGGAGGGGGCGCGGGCCCCAGGGGCAGGGUGGGGAAGUUUCCGGGCUCUCGGAGGUUAAAAGGGAAGGCCUGGCCAGGGGUCCCUGGGCAGAGGAUCCAGCGGCCCGCACGACAAGCAGAAGCGCUUCUGGGUCACCACCUCCUUCUCGUCCGCGACAACCAGCCCAGGUCCAGGCCAUGAGACCCCAGCGCCUCCACCUCCCCGCCGCCUCGGGCGCCCGGGUCCCGGCCAAGCUGCUGCUGCCGCUGCUGAUGGCGCAAUUUUGGGUUGCAGAGGCGGUGUCCCCCCAAAACGCCACGGCCUUUGACCUCGAGGUCUCUGGCGCCCCGUGCGCGCGCGGCUCGCAGCCCUGGCAGGUCUCCCUGUUCAACGGCCUCUCGUUCCACUGCGCGGGGGUCCUGGUGGACAAGAGCUGGGUGCUCACGGCCGCGCACUGCGGGAACAACAAGCAGCUGUGGGCCCGCGUUGGGGAUGACCACCUGCUGCUUCUCCAGGGGGAGCAGCUCCGCAGAACCACUCGCUUUAUCGUGCACCCCAAGUACCACCACGGCUCGGGCCCCAUCCUGCCGAGACGCACGGAUGACCACGACCUCAUGCUGCUGAAGCUGGCCAGGCCGGCCGUGCUCGGGUCACGCGUCCAGACCCUGCGCCUGCCGUACCGCUGCGCCCAGCCUGGAGACCAGUGCCAGGUGGCGGGCUGGGGCACCACGGCCCACCGAAGAGUGAAAUACAACAAGGGCCUGAGCUGCUCCAGGGUCAGCAUCCUGAGCCCCAGGGAGUGUGAGGUCUUCUACCCGGGCGUCCUCACCAACAACAUGCUGUGCGCGGGACUGGACCAGGGCCAGGACCCCUGCCAGAGUGAUUCCGGCGGCCCCCUGGUCUGCGAUGAGACCCUGCAGGGCAUCCUGUCCUGGGGCGUUUACCCCUGCGGCUCCGCUCAGCACCCGGCCGUCUACACGCAGAUCUGCAGAUACACUUCCUGGAUCGAGAAGACCAUCCGCUCCAACUGACCCCGCGACUCCCUCCCCAUCUCACAUCCUUCCUUGUACAGUCGCCAGACUUUCCCUCCCUCGCCCCGUCCAGAGCUCCGCCACCCGUCCUUACCAGCCAGCACCUCUCCUCUCGCCUCCUCCUCCUCCUACCUGCCCCCUGGAGUGCAGGACGCGGGAGCCCGAGAGAGGCCGGGAAGCCAGUCCCUGAGAGAAGCUAUCGGCCACCCAGCCUGGCUUCCUCGGCCGUUCUCUGCUGGGUGACCCUUGGGCAAGCCAGGAACCUCUCUGGGCUUCCGUUUCCACCUGGAAAAUGAAGACAAAGAAGUGCCUACCUCGUAGACGUGUUGUGAGGAAACCAUGAUAAAGCGUGUGUAUGUGUGUAGAUCAGCGGUUCUCAGCCUUCCUAGUGCCGCGACCCUUUAAUACAGCUCCUCAUGUUGUGGGGACCCCCAACCAUAAAAUUAUGUUCGUUGCUACUUCA